AUGCCUGAGGGGCCAGCGGACAAGGAACCGAUCAGUUCGGCCGGCGCCGCCGCGGGUGACGCCUUCGCCGCCCACCCGGACGAGAUACUGCAGCACGUCCUCUCCUUCCUCCCGGCGCAGCCGGCUGUGCGGACGUGUGUCCUGGCUCGGCGCUGGCGCCAACUCUGGGAGGGCGCGGCGGGCCUGCGCAUCACCGCCGCCAAUGCGCCCGAGCCGCCGUGCGCCCCGGACGACCUGGUGUCCUCGGGGGAGCUUCGGGAGUUCUUGGACCACCUGCUCCUCCUCCGUGGCGGCGCCCCGCUCGACAAUUGCGAGUUCUUGGGCCUUAAUUUUCAUGUCGACAACCUGCCUUUUAUCUCACGGCACCUGCGGAGGCUAGAGCUGUACGACACAAAAUUGAAUGACAGCUUCCUUGAUUUAUCAGGCUGUCCGGGACUGGAAGAUCAAUAUAUCUACAAUGGUGACUUUGUCCAUGCCAAGAGGAUCUCGUCUAAAUCUGUGAAGCACCUGAGUGUCAUCGAUUCCUGCUUCAAUGAGCAGAUCCGCACUAUAAUUGAUGUCCCAAGUACUAUUUCACUGUGGCUAGAGAACCCAUGGGACAGGACUCCUGUGCUUGGGAGCAUGCCAUUGUUAGCAGUGGCAUUUGUCAGAUUUGGCACUGAUUGUAUGUGUUGGAUGAGUGCUAUAAUUCUGAAUCUGGGGAUUGUGAUGAUGAGCACUGUCAAGGGUGUUAUGGCCUGGAAGUUCAUUUUCAAACGAGAUGUGAAAUGGUGCCUCGUGUUCAGAAUGUUAAAGACUUUGUUAUUAAAUGAAUAUUGGUGUGUGCCUCCUGACUUCUGUGAAUUAGCUUGUCUUCUUGAACACUCGCCAGUUCUAGAGAAGCUCACUCUUCAAAUUUUGUCCAAGGGACCUGAACAUAAGUUUGAAAUUAUUGGAAGCUACAGUCAGAUGGAGGGAUCUGCUGCAAUAUCAGAAAACCUUAAGAUUGUUGAAGUCAAAUUUGAAGUGGCUGACGAGGGAGUUCUGAAAGUUUUGAUCUUCCUGCAAACACUUAACGUAGGUUUUGCUCUCUACAUUUCUGCAGUUUGUGAUCGUAUUUGA